CCCGCUUUGGGAGCUGACGCAGGGGUGAGGAGGCAAGGCAGGGGAGCGGAGUCCGGGCUCCAGCUGUGCAAGCUACCGAGGAGCAGCGCCAAAGCUGCGAUGCUGCGGUUGCGCCAUCUGUCAGGAGCCUGGGUGGCGGCGGCGGCGGCGAUAGUGGAAGGAGGGGAGGAGACUGACUGAGGCAGCUUUUCCUUAAGACUUGCUUUUUUUUAAAAAAAAAAAAAAAAGGGGGAGGAAACGGAGCUUCGAAGCCCGAACCCAUCUUUCCCGGACAAGCCCGGCAAGGCUGCCCACGCGCCGAACAAAGCUUUGGACGCCCUCUUCGUCUCGGCGCCCCUCGCUGCUGAGGCAGGGACUUUGACGCCCACCCGUUCCCUCCCCUCCGCGGUCUUUCGGUCCUUGUGUUCAUAAUAACCAGGCUCCGGAGCUGGCGGGAAGUGGGUGAGCGAAGGACCUGGAGAACAUUUCGCGAGGGACUCCUGCCUCCGCCCUUAGGAUCCUGCAGAGAGAAGAAAAACGAAGGGGAGGGGGCGUUGGUUGAGAAAGGGGCUCUGCAGACCAAGUCCUGCCGCGUUUCAGACUCUGUCUUAAAGAAGCUGUCGAAAAAAUGUGGUGAAUAAAAGCUUGCUGUAUUUUCAGGGGUGGAAAUUGUGCUUGUGGUGAAUAUAUCCUAGAUUUAAACAAACAAACAAACAAAGUACCUCAAUGCAAGACUAAAAGAUUGCUCACAGAACACCAGAACUAAGAAGAUUGCUUUUGAUGAGGUUUUGCAAGUUUAAAGGCAGAAAGGGAAUUGAAGGUGGUUGGAAGAACAACAUAAAAGCGAAGGAGCAGUGGGUGGAAGCAAAACUCAUUCAAGGAUUUUAGAUAAUGGGCUGUGUGCAAUGUAAGGAUAAAGAAGCAACAAAACUGACCGAUGAGAGAGAUGGCAGUUUAAACCAGAGUUCAGGUUAUCGCUAUGGAACAGAUCCCACACCUCAGCAUUACCCAAGUUUUGGUGUGACUUCAAUUCCAAACUACAACAAUUUCCCCACAGCUGGAGGACAAGGAUUGACAGUCUUUGGUGGUGUCAAUUCUUCAUCACAUGCUGGUACACUGCGUACAAGAGGAGGAACAGGUGUAACUCUUUUUGUAGCUCUAUAUGAUUACGAAGCAAGAACAGAAGAUGAUUUAAGUUUUCAUAAAGGAGAAAAAUUCCAGAUACUUAACAGUUCGGAAGGAGAUUGGUGGGAAGCCCGAUCCCUGACUACCGGAGAAACUGGUUAUAUUCCCAGUAAUUAUGUGGCUCCAGUUGACUCCAUCCAAGCAGAAGAAUGGUACUUUGGGAAACUUGGACGAAAAGAUGCUGAGAGGCAGCUGCUGUCCUUUGGAAACCCUCGAGGAACCUUCCUGAUUCGUGAAAGUGAAACCACCAAAGGUGCCUAUUCAUUGUCCAUUCGUGACUGGGAUGAUAUGAAAGGUGAUCAUGUCAAACAUUAUAAAAUUCGCAAGCUUGACAGUGGAGGAUAUUACAUUACAACCAGGGCACAGUUUGAAACCCUUCAACAACUUGUUCAGCAUUAUUCAGAGAGAGCUGCGGGUCUUUGCUGCCGCUUAGUAGUCCCUUGUCAUAAAGGAAUGCCAAGGCUUACUGACCUGUCUGUCAAAACCAAAGAUGUCUGGGAAAUUCCACGAGAAUCACUACAGUUGAUCAAGAGACUGGGAAAUGGGCAGUUUGGGGAAGUAUGGAUGGGUACUUGGAAUGGGAAUACUAAGGUGGCAAUAAAGACACUGAAGCCUGGCACUAUGUCCCCAGAAUCAUUCCUGGAAGAAGCUCAGAUCAUGAAAAAGCUAAAGCAUGACAAACUGGUCCAACUUUAUGCUGUGGUGUCAGAAGAACCUAUCUACAUUGUCACAGAAUAUAUGGGCAAAGGAAGCUUGCUAGAUUUCCUAAAGGAUGGUGAAGGAAGAGCUCUGAAAUUGCCAAACCUGGUAGACAUGGCAGCACAGGUUGCUGCAGGUAUGGCUUAUAUUGAGCGAAUGAAUUACAUACACAGAGACCUGCGUUCUGCAAACAUCCUGGUAGGAAAUGGCCUAAUAUGCAAAAUUGCUGACUUUGGAUUAGCAAGAUUAAUUGAAGACAAUGAAUAUACAGCCAGACAAGGUGCAAAAUUUCCUAUAAAGUGGACUGCUCCAGAAGCUGCAUUAUAUGGAAGGUUUACAAUAAAAUCAGACGUUUGGUCCUUUGGAAUAUUGCUAACGGAAUUAGUAACAAAAGGGAGAGUGCCAUACCCAGGUAUGAAUAAUCGUGAAGUCCUGGAACAGGUAGAAAGAGGAUACAGAAUGCCAUGUCCUCAGGAUUGUCCAAUCUCUCUACAUGAGCUCAUGAUCCAUUGCUGGAAAAAAGACCCAGAAGAACGCCCAACCUUUGAGUACUUACAGGGUUUCCUGGAAGACUACUUUACGGCAACUGAACCUCAGUACCAGCCAGGCGAUAACCUGUAAUUUGGGGGGCCUGCGCAAACCACAGUCACCGGGUGUUCCAUUUGCAGUUGACAAGAGGUUGAAUGGCGCAAGGCUGUGUCUUAGAGCAGCAAAUAUACUGAGGCCAGAAGAUGAGAACUUCUAGAACUAUGUGUCCUGAAAAUCUGAAUGUCUUCUCUGAACAGAAAAGUGAACACUUGGGGGUUUUUUUCUUAAAGACUUUGAAAUUGCAUUGUUUUAAUUUUAUGUAAACUGCAAAAUCUUUGUUCACUGUAAAUAGUAAUUCAGUGCCAAUAAUUUAUCUUAGUGCUUUCCUUUUUUAAAAAAAAUGCAGAAUUAUGUGAUUUUAACUAGUCUUCUCCUGAUUCAACUGAAGUAUUAUUUUCCAGAAGUGGCCUCUUUUUGUCUACAUUUUUUCAUGUUCUAACAAAAUAAAAUCAGGACCAGUGUUUGGGGGGUUUGUUUUGUUUCUUUUAUAUAUAAAAUAUAUGUAAAAUAUAUACAUACCUGUAUAUAUAGUCCACAGGUGCUACAGCAAAAGGAAAUUCAUUUCAGAAACUGAUUUCAUAAUGCUGAAGCACCCAGAAAAAGAUUUCCCUGGGAACAUUGAACACUGGUGAUGAUUCUAAAACCAGUGACUGAAUUUUUGGUUUUUGCCCAGCAUGACUUUCUAAAUUGGAUUGCACUUUUUGGUUUCACUAUGUACCUGUAGGUUGUUGUAAGUUUUGAUCUUUCAAAAGUCAUGUAUGGCAUUUCAACAAUAUUUGCCAAGUGUGUGGUUUGAUUUUGGGAUCAGAAUUAAAACAGUCUUAUUAAAGCAAAAAUACCCCUGCUUGGACUGGAAGGUUGAAACUGCAAGUGCUUUCGUGUAUCAAAAUAUGUAUACUGAAUUUUCUGAUUUUUUAAAAAAGUAAUAAACAUUGCAACCCCAUGCAAUAGUCUCAACCUCAUAGCCUCUUAGUCAUACCAAGAUGCUUUUUCAUUCAUCGGGCUCAGCUAGAAUAUCUUUUGUGUGUACCAUUUUCCAUCUUUAUAUAGGUGUUUUAAAUGUCCUGUACUGCUAAUGAAAUUACUUUCAAUAUGUCUGCAAGUGUUUCAGUAGAAUUACUAUGCACUUCUUUUCUGGGAAAUGGGAGCAGUGGGAUGCACAAAAGUAUUACAUUUUCAGUUGUCUAUAUCAACCUUGAAUUCUUUCCUUCCUUCUUUCUAACCAAAAAGAAACAGAAAAGCCCUGUCCUUUCUACUUCUCUUAAGUUCUUUUUUUAAAAAAAUAAUAAUGCUAUGAUCUUAAGUACAUUUUGUUAUUGUUUUAUUUGCAAGUUUAUGUUUUUUACAUGUUUAACUGUCUUAAUUUAGUAAUUAAAAAGAGCAUUUUACAUUUGGAAUUU